UACUUCGUUGUGAUAGUCCAAUGGCGCGAAUAAAUAUUUGUUUGUAUUUGCUAAUUGGCGUGAUUUUAUGCCUUAAUCAAGUGCAGGCGCACCGGAUUACCCAGAUCCAGGACCAAAUCCCGCUCAUAAACCUCUCCAUGAUACAGAUGCUGAUUUUGCAAACAUUGAUGAUGCACAAGAUGAUCUGGCUGCCCGAGAUACCAUCGUCUCUGGCUGAUAGGCUCAGGGGAAAGUACCACGAAGGCGGACGUAUAUUUAGCGGAAUUCUAAACUCGAUUUUGAACUUUCCUCAGUUGGCUCGAUAUUGGUUUAAAGCGUUUCACGCAUAAAAUAUGUUAAUUGGAAUUGAAAAUUAUAAAAGCAGGCACUUAUUAAAAUAUUUCUUGAAUGAG